AUACACAAACAACAUGCGUCACAUGGUGCGUAGAGCAGACAGCCAUUGCGCUCAGCCUUAGGACCAGAACUACUGGUUAUAUUUUCAUAUUUCCUACCACAGAUCAUGUAACUCUCACAGUGACCGUUUCUAAGGGACUUCUAUUCUUAAUAGAGCCUGUGUCAUCAUGGCUUGUCCCUUAUCAGGCGAACCCCGGGCUUUGGGGCCUGGUGAAGAUCAUCCAGAGUCUGCAUCAGAGACCCGGGCGCCCGUUCGACCCCAGCCGCCUCAGCAGCACCUUCAGCCGGCGUGCGUGAACGCUGCUGCCGCGGUCAUGGUGGAGGCUCUGGAUGAUGCAGAGGGGCUCUUUGUAGCCGUGGAGAGAUGUCCGCUCUGCAACACGGCCAGACGCAGACUGACCUGCGCCCGCUGCAUUCAGAACGGCGAUUUCGUGUAUUUUGACGGGAGAAAUCCAGAGAGGUAUUCAGAAAAGCUUGAAAGACUACAAAAGCUCAAAAAUGAAAAGGAGAAUCUUCAACAGAGAGUCAUCAAAGCCAUGGACAAGAAGGUCCAGGCAGACCAGCUUAGGUGGAAAAUCAUGUCAUGCAAGAUGAAAAUCCAGCAACUCAAAGAGGCCAUCUGCACCGGCAAUGACGAAGUGAAGAGUGGCAAGGAGCUGUUAUUGCGUUCCCAGGAGGAAGGGCAGCGACUGCAGCGCAGGGCCAGCCGGCAUCAGGAAAAGAGGGACAAAAUUAAGCGCCAUAACCAACGUCUAGGCGAGCUCCUGGAGAAGAGAUCCAAAGAGCUGCAGGGGAGGCUGGAGGUCGUGGCAGAAGUGCGGAGAGAGCACAUCCUGGAGCUCACCACUCAUAUCUUCAACAUCCAGGAGGAGAAGCAGGGCAGCAGGUCAGAGCAGAUUAAUUGUUUUUCUUGUGUAGAGUUGGACCACAUCAACCCGGCACACACCAUCAGUGCCGCCCUCUGCUAUGCUACACAGCUCAUCAAUAUCCUGUCUCAUAUUCUUGAUGUCAACCUUCCGAAAAAAUUGUGCAACAGUGAGUUCUGCGGUGAUAAUCUGACCCGCUACCGAUUCACCCGUGCCGUAAACAAACUUAACACCAACAUCCUGCACCUCUGCUUCUCACAGCAUGUCGACAGCGAGCUGCUUCAUCCUCACCACACUUUGAGGAAUAUAAUGUUUCUGGUGUCUCCAGCAAACAAGAAACUUGGCAGAACCGGGCCGUUUGAGGUGAGCGCUGACUUGGAAGACUCUAUGGAGUUUGUGGAACCAGAGGCAGCUGGACCGGCGGAGGAGAGCGGAGACGAGGCUGUGACGGAUGAAGAAACAGACUUGGGUACAGACUGGGAGACGGUUCCAAGCCCUCGCUUCUGUGACAUCCCUUCCCAGCCUAUGGAUCUGUCCCAGAGCGGCAUGCAGGCGUCCCAGCCAGUUGGCAAUGCAGGGGGCAUGAUCUCCUCUGCGGCUGCCUCUGUCACGUCCUGGUUCCGCUCCUACACCGGGCAGCGCUGAGAUCCGGUCGAUGUGGGGGUUGGUUCAACCGGUUAGACCUAUGCAAACACCCCAUUACUGUCAUCCUCACUUAUGUCAGCUUGGCCAUUGGGAGAAAUAAAGGGAAGUUUCAUCUGACUGCUCAUACCGAAUAAAUGUGUGGUAGAAACCAGAGUGAAGCAUGUGAUCUUGAGAAACAACUCGUGUGGUUUUAUUGCAGGACGGAAGAGUGAACUACUUUUGCAUUUCUGAUCUUUUGUAGCUCGCAUUAUACUCUAGACGCCAGUCAACUUUAUCCAGUGUACAUUGCCAAAUAUUUUUGUUUGCUCAUCGGUGCAGAAAUUGUACAUUCGAAGCAUGGACAGACUUUGCUUUUAGAGUUUGUUUGAUGGAUUGCACCUUUUCACCAGCUCCUCAAAGAACCUUACUGUAUAAAUGUUGCUGGACUUGUCUGAGAGAAUGGCAAAUAUUAUUGGUGUGUCUUGUUCUAUUAGAUUAUACAUUUACAAGAGGAAUUGUAUUUUAUGGACAAAUAUUUUAUUUCCCUUUAUUUCCUCAACCUCUGCCACCUACAUUGGGCAGAAGUAUCCUGCUUUGUUAUCCAUUAGGAGAGAGGCUGGCUGGCUGUCUAUGUGCUCUUAGGAUUUAUGUACAAGUUUAUUUUUUCACCAUCUUUAGUUGUUGAAAAAAAUACAUAUUUACGAAGUUUCAUUGUAGAAAUGUUUUAUUUGAAUUAGCAGACGUCAAUUAUUAAACAGAAUACCUCUUUGAAAUGCAA